CUGAACCGGGUUUGAGCUACAUAUCAAGUUGGAUACUUCAUUGAAAAAGAAAACCAAUAUGCUGCAGCUAACAGGAUUGAAGCUCUUCCCCUCAUCAAUUUGAGAACUUCAAUUGCAUCUCCAAGCUGCUACAAGCUCAACCUCAUAAAAGGGGUAUCAGUUCUUAUGCCUGCAGGCAAACAUGAUGAGAGACAUACUAUGAUUACAAAUUCUAAAGAAGAGAAUUCCCCUCCAAAACUAGCAGCUUCAUCAAGCUCAUCGGCGGCAGCGGCGGUGGCAACGCCAUGGCUUAGGUUGAAGGAUCCGAGGAUCGUGCGAGUGUCGCGAGCUUUCGGAGGCAAGGAUCGACAUAGCAAAGUUUGUACCAUAAGAGGGCUGCGCGACAGGCGUGUAAGGCUUUCGGUUUCAACUGCAAUUCAGCUCUAUGAUCUUCAGGACCGCCUCGGCCUUAAUCAGCCAAGCAAGGUCGUCGACUGGCUGCUCAACGUUGCCAAGGAUGAAAUCGACGAACUCCCUCCAUUGCCAAUACCAUCUGCAAGCCUCGGCCUUCACUACCAAUCUAUGCUACCACCUCAUACAGCACAUAGACCGGAGUUCAAAAUCAACUCCGGCAUCGACAAGGUCGAAAUCGACGACGAUGAUGAACAAAAGCAACACAAAUCCAAUUCUAAUCCUUCUUCCUUCUCAGCCCUUUUGAACAAUGUGUCUGCCCCUCCAUUUGGGUUCCAUUGGGAUCCCUCAUCUUCGUCGUCGUCGUCAACAACAAAUCUUCCAUUCUUUACAUCUCAAGCUGAGGACCUUCAUAACUUCAAUCAUGUCACCCCUUUGUCACUCUCAACUGGCUCUCAGUUCUUGGAGUUCAACAAUCACUUGCACCAAAAUUUCUUCAUUAACAACUCUUUGAAUACACCUCCUCCUAUGCACUCAAUAACCCACCCCGCUGUUAGGCCUUUUCAUUUCAGCAUGGCUACCAAAUUUGUUUCUCAAGAUAAGAAUAACAAUGGAGAUCCUGCACAUAAAGAGGACGACUUCGGUUCUGAUGAAUGAUUUCGAUGAACGAACAUACGCUCUCUCUUCCGAAAAGGUAUUCUACAUUUGCUGUGAUUCUUAGAAAUUAAAUCAUCUCCAAUUGCAUUACAACAAUUAUCAUAUAUAUUUGAAGACUUGAACUGCUAUUGUUUUUGUUUUGUUU